CUUUUUUCUCAUAUAAUGAUAAAGACCCAUGAAUAAUGCUUGCAUGAGUAUGUGUGUUUGUGUGUCUAUAUGUUUUGAUCUUAUCAUCAAAAAAAUUUGUAUACAUUUAACCUGAGCUGUCCUUGAAGACUAGGAACAAAGAUGAUCAUAUGUUUGUGUGUAUAUAAAUCAUUGGUUAGAUUGAUUGAUUUGUAAAGUUGUGUUGGUGGUGUACGUGAUUUUCGGAGUAAAUGGUCCGAUAUAAAAAAAAUACAUAAAUACUUAAAUAGUCAUAGGUAAAACACAUGUAGUCAUCAUUUGUUUUGGUUCAUUUGCUCAUUUUAGACGAAACAAAAAAAAAUUUAUUUUUUAAAAAUCAAAAUGAUUUGUCAGCAAACAUUUAAUUCAUCAUCAUCUAUGUUGAUAUUGUCGUUGCUGUUAUUAUUACCCGUUAUAACAUUAUCAAAGACGAUAUCCAGAAGAGCAAGCGAACAAGAAUCUGAUGCCGAUGAUGGUAUUAUGGAAUAUAAUGAUUGCGGUAUAGGCAAUUUACGACGACUAAAAGUGAUGGGUUGUGAACCUGAUGAAGAGAUGCGUAGCCGUUUUUGUUUAUUAACACGUGGUUCAAAUGCUUCAUUGGUAGCAAAAUUUAUUGCAGAUGGUGAUUAUCCAACGGUGUCAACCGAUGUACGAAUAAAAAUCGGUUUCCUAGAGUUUGGUUAUCCACCAAUCGAAUAUGAUGCUUGCCUACAUUAUGUUGCAUGUCCGUUGCAUAAAGAUGAAUUGAGUGUGGCUCGAGUUAUAUUUCCCAUACCUAGUUUUUCUCCAAGAUUUGCAAACAUGUUGAUUACUGCACGUCUUUAUGGACCGAAUAGCGAAUUGAUUGUCUGUGGACAGGCAAGAGCCGGAUUGAUUUGAAUACACAUAAAGAAAAAAUGAAACUAAAAUCUUUUUCUGGUUCUUCUCUAUCUCUGUCGUUUUUGUUUUAAAGUGUAUCUAUAUGCAAUCCUAAACCUACUUAAACAUCAUCAUUUUAUUGUCAGCAGUUAAUCAUUUUGUAUUGUAUACAAAUGGAUAAAUUAUAUCUUUCCUUUGAUAAUCACAUAUCAUAAAUAAUAAUUUUUUUUUCGAUUAAAAAAUGUUUUUGAAAAAAAA